UGUUGGCAAUCUUUGAUGGGGAAGAUGUGUUAAUAGAGGGGCGGGGCCUGUGAUGAUGGUAGGCGGAUCUUAUGUGAGACUAAGACACGCCCCCCACUGAGGAGAGGACUUCCGCCCGGACCGGAGGAGCGUCGUCCUCGCGGAGGAAGACUAACGAGGAGGAGUUGCGAGGAGGGAGAAGAGAGAAGAGAGGAGAAUGUGAAAGUGUUUCUUUCCCCCGCGGAGAAAGCGAGUGUGUCGGGUGGUGCUCUCCUCCUUGGUGGACCACCUUGCACCUGUCCUCGGUGCGCCAUGACUUCCUCUUACAGUGUGGACUUCCUGCCCGACAUGAUGGCGGACAGCCGCCUGCUGCUUCCCGCCCACGCAAUUAACGGCACGGCCGGGAAGAUGAACGGCGCACUGGAGCAUUCGGACCAGCCCGACCCGGACGCCAUCAAGAUGUUCGUGGGCCAGAUCCCGCGCUCCUGGUCGGAGAAGGAGCUGAAGGAGCUUUUUGAGCCCUACGGCGCCGUCUACCAGAUCAACAUCCUGCGGGACCGCAGCCAGAACCCACCACAGAGCAAAGGAUGCUGUUUUGUCACCUUCUACACCAGGAAAGCUGCCCUCGAAGCCCAGAAUGCAUUGCACAACAUCAAGACCUUAACAGGGAUGCACCACCCCAUCCAGAUGAAGCCUGCAGACAGUGAGAAGUCUAAUGCGGUGGAAGACAGGAAGCUGUUCAUCGGCAUGGUGUCCAAGAAGUGCAACGAGAACGACAUCCGGGUCAUGUUCUCGGCGUUCGGGCAGAUCGAGGAGUGCCGAAUCCUGCGAGGACCCGACGGGCUGAGCAGAGGAUGUGCGUUUGUCACCUUUUCCACCCGAGCGAUGGCACAGAAUGCCAUCAAAGCCAUGCACCAGUCUCAGACCAUGGAGGGCUGCUCGUCUCCCAUCGUGGUGAAGUUUGCCGACACGCAGAAGGACAAAGAGCAGCGGCGCCUGCAGCAGCAGCUGGCCCAGCAGAUGCAGCAGCUCAACAGCGCCACCACCUGGGGCAGCCUGACGGGCCUGGGGGGCCUCACCCCGCAGUAUCUGGCGUUGCUCCAGCAGGCCACGUCCUCUGGCAACCUGGGGGCCUUCAGCGGGAUCCAGCAGAUGGCCGGUAUGAGCGCUCUGCAGUUGCAGAACUUGGCCACUUUAGCGGCGGCGGCGGCGGCAGCCCAAAACUCGGCCAGCCCGUCCACCGCCAACGCCCUGUCCUCCAGCGCCGCCUCCCUGGGAGCGUUGGGCAGCCCAGCGGGCACCACCGCCGGCUCCAACGUGGGCGCCAUGAACUCGCUGACCUCGCUGGGCACGCUGCAGGGCCUGGCGGGCGCCACGGUGGGCCUCAACAACAUAAAUGCACUCGCAGGUAGCAUCAACAGUAUGGCGGCGCUCAAUGGCGGGCUGGGCGGCGCCGGGCUGGCUAACGGCGCGGCAGGCACCAUGGACGCGCUGACGCAGGCCUACUCAGGGAUCCAACAGUACGCCGCCGCCGCGCUGCCCACGCUAUACAGCCAGUCACUGCUGCAGCAACAAGGAGCCGCCGGCAGCCAGAAGGAAGGCCCCGAAGGCGCCAACCUGUUCAUCUACCACCUGCCCCAGGAGUUUGGCGACCAGGACAUCCUGCAGAUGUUCAUGCCUUUCGGGAACGUGGUGUCCGCCAAAGUCUUCAUCGACAAACAGACCAACCUCAGCAAGUGCUUCGGCUUCGUGAGCUACGACAAUCCGGUGUCGGCGCAGGCGGCCAUCCAGGCCAUGAACGGCUUCCAGAUCGGCAUGAAGCGGCUGAAGGUGCAACUGAAACGCUCCAAGAACGACAGCAAACCGUACUGAUGCUGAGACCCACCACCUUAGCACUGCUAGGAACAACCAUCUUCACGCCUGUUAGCGCGUCCUUAGCGUGUCUCCCUUGGGCCCCCCCCCCCCAAAAAAAGAAAGAAUCUUUAAAAAAAACAAAAACUAGUCCUCACACGUCCUUUUCUCACCUGGUCCUCCGCCGCCAACGCCUACUGAACUUUUGGGGGGAUUUUUUUUUUUGUAGUUGUUGUUCUUUUUGUGCAUUUCUUUUUUUUGUGCAUGUGACCUCAUGUUUGGGUGGGGGAGGGGCAUGGAAGGUACGGGGGGAAAAAAAGCAUCAAUGUGGAAAAAAAAGCUGCGUUCAUUCUCUCAUUUCCUGGACGUUUUUUUUUUUCCUUUUCCUUCGCCCGUGUCACAGCGUUGCGUUUUCCUCUUCUUCUUGGCGUAACUUUUUGUUCAAAGUAAACUUGAACGUCGGCGGCGGCGGGAACGGGCGCUCCCUCCCCCCCCCCCCCCCCCCUCCCCCGUCCGGGCCGGCGAGAGAAUAAGACUACUUCCGCACAGUUUGGACUGCUCGCGCUCGACGAUGCUUUUUACACUUUUCAGGCCGUGUAAAGUUUUUUGAUAAGGCCAUUUGAAGUGGCCGACUUUCUCAUUCAAAGUCUAUAUAUAGAACCACUUUUUUUCUAGAGUCGUUUCCAGGGGAACAACUCCGAGAAAAACACACACACACA